UACCUUAAGGUACAUGAUUCUGUAUUUAGAUGUAUUUCAGAACUCCGCCCAUUGUCAUACUGCGAUGCUAAAGUUGUGUAUAUUUAUAUGACCCCGCUUACUUUAUUAUCUAACUAUUGUGAUGAUAGAUUCUAUUAGUGUCUUCGCUAACUCCCCCGUAAUUACCAUGCAUAUGCAUGUGUGGUCCUGCGUUUAGGGCUGCUCGUGAUAUAUCCUUUUUAACAUUUUAUUCCUAAAUGGCUUCAUGAUUAAAUGCCAUUAUUGCAUAUUCAAAGAGAUAGUUCACAUAUAGGUCAGUUAAUUGUAUGCGACACAUCUGUAGGAGUGUAUGACGUCGUAAUGUUUAAUUGAUUAAAUGGAACCUAACCGCAAUUUACGUAUAACUGCAUGAUGAUGCCACAGGCUACUUUGUCAGUGUAUGUAAAGAAGGACCUCGCUCCGGACAAACCCAGACUGCUUCUACUAACUAGAGGGUGAGAACAAGAUUGAGGCCAGUAAAACCGGUGAACAUGAUGCCACUCCGAUUGUCACUCGCUUGUGCUAUGUUGAUGAAUAUCCUAACUGUCGUGCAUGGCCACGGCCGAAUGUUGGAUCCUCCCGGCAGAAGCAGCAUGUGGAGAGUUGGCUUUAAUACACCUGUAAAUUUCGAUGACAACGGCCUCAACUGUGGAUACCGAAAGCAACCUCUAGACUUCUUCGGUGGCAAUUGUGGCGUAUGUGGGGACCCAUCAGGACAAAAUCCGAAGGAGAACGAGGCUGGGGGAAAAUAUGCAACGGGGAUCAUCUCAAAGUAUUAUAAAAUGGGGGAGAACAUCAAUAUAAAAAUACAUAUAACCUCAAAUAAUGAAGGUUUUUUCGAGUUCCGCCUCUGUGAAAAUAAUGACGUUAAAAAAAGAAUAACAAAGAGCUGCUUGAAACAUUUAUUGGUUAAUCCGGAGACGGGAGAGACAAGAUACCCUGUUACAGCCUCUCAACAGUACAUCGCUGUGUCUGCCAAGCUGCCCGAGAACGUCACGUGUUCCCAGUGUGUCUUACAGUGGAGGUACCACACAGGAAAAAAUGGCGGGAUCUGUAAAACAUGUGUCGACCAGGAAGAGUUUUAUGCGUGUUCGGAUAUAGCCAUCAAAGACAGUGAUUCACCGAUCACGGAGGAAGACUCCGGUAUAUCUCCCCUUAUAGCAGAUACGGCGUUCAUCCCUGACUCUAACCCGCGAUCUCCUGGAAGAUGCAUUUCUCUUUCGCAAAGCACCAACAAUCUCUGGUGCGAAAUAAACUGCAAUCACUCUCCGCCACAUUGUCCAAGCUUCUUGUGUAAAUGUACACCUACACCGCCCACUACAGAGUCAACGACCACCCCAACUACUCCUACUUCAGAAACCACUGAGAAGGCUACAACUACCACCACGCCUGCAACUACCACCACGCCUACCACUACCACACCAACUACUCCUACUUCAGAAACUACCGCCAAUCCUACUAAGAAUCCUACCACUACUACCCAAAGUACAACAACUACUACAACCCCUACUACAACCCCGACUACAACCACAACUACAACCACAACCACUACGCCAACUACAACUACCACGCCUACCACCACUAUAAAGUCUACGUCUGCUCCCUCUUCUUCCAUCUCUUAUUUACUUACUUGUAAAUCAGUUUAUCCCAGCGUUAGCAAUAACUGGUGUAACAUUAAUUGCAAUUAUUCACCGAUAUUUUGUCCACGUUAUAUGUGUAAAUGUUUCCCGACCACUAACCCCCCGAAAAAAGCCACACCUACACCAACUACAACCCCUACCACAACCACUACAACGACAACCACCACCACUACUACUCCUACUACUACGAUACCUACAACAACCACCACUACUAUACCCACUACUUCAAUCCCAGUUCCGUAGGUAUCUGUUCACAUCAUACUGUAUGUUAUGUUAAACUAAAAAACACAAAACCCUGUCACUGUAAACAUAAAAUGUAGUGACUUUAUGUUCAGUUAAAGAGUCCGACGCUUCACCAUCACACUAAAUUAUAGUGGUAUAUUUUUGGAUUUUUUGUAAAGUUUAUUCUAUAGCAGCUGUUGCUGUUUCUUCAAUUAAUUAAUGUGCAUAUUUGUUUUGCAUUAAGGUACGCCGAAAUUUGUUAGCUUGCUGUACCUUUUAUCUUUAAUAUACAUUAAAAGUUAAUUGAAAAAUGAACUACUAAUUGUUUGAGAAUGUCUGUCUUUUUAUCACGAGAUGUUAGUGAUUUCGUAUUGUUCAAUAUGUUCUAUUGUUAUGUAUUAGAAAUAAACCGGUAAGUGCCAUAACGUCAGUCGAUUAUAUUAUUUUCACGGAAACAUGUCGUAUAUACCAAUACAAAUCACUAGUUCUACCAGUUUUUUGGUAUUUCCUUCGUAAGAUCAUAUAUUAGAUGGCAUAACGGGGGAGGUAAUGAAGCAGUAUAAAAUGUAUACAAGCAUGGAUAAACGAACAAUUAACUUCAUUGUACGUAUGUCUUUUGUUUUUUCCCCGAAUUGAUUUCCAUGGUAUCCUGACUACGUGUCGUCUCAGAUCAACGGUUUCACCACAUCUAGGAAUCAUAUGACAAAGUUGGAAACAAUUAGAAUGGAAUUCGUAUGAUUAUAUAUCCUAUAAUGAAUCUUCCUAAUUCUGGUUAGUUGCGGUGUGAUUGUUAGAAUUGCUGACUAGAAUGAUUUAACUUUUCUAACCAAGAUCAGUGUCGCAAAAAAAAAAAAAAAAAAAAAAUACAGGGAUGACCAACGUAUACACGCGAUGACGUCAUUAGAACAGAAAUCGCAAAAUGGCAGCGAUGACGUAAAGAUGCAGUGUCGCUAUUCUGGUAAACGUCCUUUAGCUCAUAGUGAUCUAUCAUUAAAGCUUGUCUUCAAAAUUAUGUGGUGUAUAUCAAUACUUAUAUUUACAUUUCCAAAAGGUUUUGAUAUCUAUUCAGCUUUUAAUUGGAUUUCAAUUAAAUUAUACUAUCUGCUACCGACAGCUUGAUUUAUCAGAUUAAUAGAUAUCCACUUAGUGUAUGACCUUAUAGUCACAUGUAAUGGAUGUAAUAUACAGUUGAAUGGCACGACAAGAUGGCUGACUUUACAUCCUACCAAAUUUUGAUAAAAAGGGGUCUUGAGUUUAUCAUUUCAUAUGAAUGAAAUGUCGAGACUCGAAAAUAAAAAUAUCAUUCGUUUCGUAAUAUCUCAAAAGAAAUGAAAACUUAUUUCCGGUCCUAUAUAAACAGAGCAAUAUGCAGAACAUUGUUGUUGACAAUAUCGAUCCUGUGUACUCAGCAGAUAAAUUACUAAUUGUAUCGAUUUCAUUAUGGUCUCAACGUAACAAGAUCGGUUCAUAUAAAUCCCUUAGUUGUUAAUGAAAAUACAUAGAUGGAACAGCUACAUGAUAUUAUGCAAUGGUGUUGUAUCUAUAUACUGGUAUAUGUAUAUAUAAUAAAGGUGAAUACGAUAUAACAGUCUUAUCUGUCUGACAGUGAAAUGUGAAUAUGAAUAAAACAGUCUUAUUAUCUAUCUUACAAUGAAAUGUGAAUACGAUUCGACAAACUGAUUAUCUAUCUAAGAAUAAAAUGUGAAUACAA